AUGCUCCUCUGGGCCUUGCUCCUCGCCCUCGGGUUGCCCUUGGUCAGCAAUCAAAACGUAUCCGUGUCCAGUUGGACCUAUAGUUUGAAAUGCCACGAUUGCUGGGAUAUCAACAAUUUCAACUGUCCUCAAAUUAGGACGUGUCCCUAUCACAUCCGGCGCUGUUUGACCAUCUCUAUCCGUUUGAAUGUUCGGGAACUCUUCGUUUACAAGAACUGUACAUACAACUGCACGUUUUUAUACCGAUCUGAAGAACCUCCUGAAGCCAGUAGAAUUAUGAAAACUAAUAGUUUCUAUUUUGUUCGUUGUUGUAGUGCUAUGACUUGCAAUGAGGGGGGACCUACGAAUUUGGAGAGGGAUAUCAUCCCGGAUUACCCAAUUGAGGAAGAGUUAGAAGGAGCCGUGCGCUUGGGGGAGUCCACAUUUUUCCUGAGCGUUGCUUCCAUCCUAGUCAGCAACACACUGACAUGA